AUGGCGGAUCGUUUAACGCAGCUGCAGGAUGCCGUGAACUCGCUCGCAGAUCAGUUCUGUAACGCCAUUGGAGUGUUGCAACAGUGUGGCCCCCCAGCCUCUUUCAGCAACAUUCAGACAGCAAUAAACAAAGAUCAGCCUGCAAAUCCAACGGAAGAGUAUGCCCAGCUGUUUGCAGCACUGAUUGCCCGAACUGCAAAAGAUAUCGAUGUUCUGAUCGAUUCCCUGCCUAGUGAAGAAUCCACAGCAGCUUUGCAGGCUGCUAGCCUGCAUCGAUUGGAAGAAGAAAAUCAUGAAGCAGCUGCCCGCCUGGAAGAGGUAGUUUAUCGUGGGGAUAUGCUGCUGGAGAAGAUCCAGAGUGCCCUGGCAGACAUCGCCCAGUCGCAACUGAAGACACGAAGUGGCUCUCACAGCCAGCCCCUGCCAGAUUCAUAGCACCAGGUGGCAGAGCAGCCCCACAAAGCCCAACUGCCACUUGGUAUGGGGGGACACACAGCUCUGAGUCCAGCCUGGCUCCUGUGGGGCUCUCGAGUGCUCUGGUUGCUGUUAACAUCUUUUAGCAAACCUCAAACUGCAGGUUUUGUGUGAGGAACACUUCUGUUGUAGAAUUGGUGGUACUGGUCUAGAACUACAUGUAUUUAUG